AUGGGAGCCCGGGGUCACGCUUGGGUUGGGUGCUGCCUGCAGAUCCUUCUGUGUUGUGUUGUGCCUGAAUGCGGGCGGAUAAUUUUCUGUCUGGCUCUCAGCGUAGGUGGCCAUGAAUUUCGAUUUAAUUACGGAGAGGGAGACCACUGCCUGGAUGCGCACGCAAUCUGCCUUCGAGUACCCCCGGAAAUUCUGGAGGUGCAUGAUAUCGAGGAUCAUGAGGUGCUGAAAGUACGCUCUAUUUACGCGCGUGUCACUGACAUUGGGCAUAGUGAGCGGGGUGCAAAUUGCCAGUGA